ACUGAGGGGGCGGGUCAGGGCUGCAUGCUUGCUACUCGCUGUUGCCGUGCGCACCAUGGCAGGAGUGCCCACGGUCUCGCUCCCUGAACUCCGCUCGCUCCUAGCUUCGGGCCGGGCCCGGCUCUUCGACGUGCGAUCUCGGGAGGAGGCGGCAGCUGGGACCAUCCCAGGGGCGCUGAACAUCCCGGUGUCCGAGUUGGAAAGUGCCCUGCAGAUGGAGCCAGCUGCUUUCAAGGCUUUGUACUCCGCUGAGAAGCCAGAGCUGGAAGACGAGAAUCUCGUUUUCUUCUGUCAGAUGGGCAAGCGGGGCUUCCAGGCCACGCAACUGGCCCAGGGCCUUGGAUACACAGGGGCUCGCAACUACACUGGGGCCUAUAGAGAAUGGUUCGAGAAAGAGGGUUAGGUGGAAGGUGGCUUACUGAUUGCCCCCAAUGGCCAUCUCAACUAGGGGGAUGAAGGGGCUGACUUGCUGGGUUAGGCAACUCAUAGUGCUGUGCACACAAAAACAUCAAAUAAAGAGCAUUUAAUCAAA